GACCAAACGAUGGGUCAGCCUGUUGUAUUGGAAAUAAUUUUCAGUGCGUGACUUUUUACUCAGAUGACUUCACUUUCUUGUACUCUGCCAGUGGUGUAAGAUUGGUUUUAAAUCCCGCCCCAGUUCUGUGUUGUUAUGAAUCAAUUCCCGAUUCCUUCGGCUUGAUUGCUGAUGUAUCAAUACAAACCCUGUACUCUGUUGUAAGAUUCCCUAAUUGUUGUUUGAACUUCUCAGUUGUCUCAAGAACUAAAAACUGGGCUUAUGGUUUCCGCAUAAGGGAAUCACGUCGUGAUAUGUGAAACUUGGAAUAUUGAUUGGUUUGACAGGUAAAUUAGAGGGAUUUUAAGCUACUGCGUGAGGAAGACGACAUGGCUUACAAUAGAAGGGGGUCUGAUCAGCCGCCGCAGCCGCCGAGGCGGAUUUUGCGGACGCAGACUGCCGGUAAUUUGGGAGAGACUAUGAUGGACAGUGAGGUGGUACCGUCUUCGCUCGUUGAGAUUGCACCGAUUCUCCGCGUGGCCAACGAAGUUGAGACCAGCAACCCCAGGGUGGCUUACCUUUGUCGGUUCUAUGCGUUUGAGAAAGCUCACAGACUAGAUCCAACAUCAAGUGGACGUGGAGUUCGGCAAUUCAAAACUGCCCUUUUGCAACGCCUAGAAAAGGAAAAUGAAACAACGUUACAAGGACGGACCAAAAGUGAUGCUCGUGAAAUGCAAAGUUUCUAUCAGCAUUACUACAGGAAAUAUAUCGAGGCUUUACAAAAUGCAGCUGAUAAAGAAGAUCGUGCUCGGCUUACGAAGGCAUAUCAAACUGCUGCUGUUCUCUUUGAGGUUUUGAAGGCAGUUAAUCUGACUGAGUCUGUUGAAGUAGCUGAGGAGAUUUUGGAAGCUCACAAUAAGGUUGCAGAAAAGACACAGAUAUUAGUACCUUACAACAUACUUCCUCUCGAUCCAGACAGUUCGAAUCAAGCAAUUAUGAAGUAUCCUGAGAUACAAGCUUCUGUUUCUGCUCUUCGUAACACCAGGGGUCUUCCAUGGCCCAAGGGCCACAAGAAGAAAGCAGAUGAAGACAUUCUAGACUGGCUUCAGGCUAUGUUUGGAUUUCAGAAGGAUAAUGUGGCAAAUCAAAGGGAGCAUUUAAUACUGCUGCUGGCAAAUGUGCACAUUCGGCAAUUUCCAAAACCUGAUCAGCAACCUAGGUUGGAUGACAAUGCGCUUACAGAAGUUAUGAAGAAGCUUUUCAAAAACUACAAAAAGUGGUGCAAAUAUUUGGGUCGCAAAAGUAGUCUUUGGUUGCCAACUAUUCAACAGGAAGUGCAGCAACGGAAACUCUUGUACAUGGGGCUUUAUCUUCUCAUAUGGGGGGAAGCCGCUAACUUGAGAUUCAUGCCAGAAUGCCUAUGCUAUAUUUAUCAUCAUAUGGCAUUUGAACUGUACGGCAUGUUGGCUGGGAGUGUAAGUCCCACGACAGGUGAACACAUUAAGCCUGCAUAUGGUGGUGAAGAGGAGGCUUACCUAAGGAAAGUAGUGACUCCAAUCUAUAACACAAUAGCCAAGGAAGGUAGAAGGUCCAAAGGAGGAAAGUUGAAACAUUCUCAGUGGAGGAAUUAUGAUGAUUUGAAUGAAUACUUUUGGUCAGUUGAUUGUUUUCGGCUGGGUUGGCCGAUGCGCGCUGAUGCUGAUUUCUUUUGCAUGCCUAUUGAACAGCAUGAAGGGAAUAAGGUUGAGGACAUCAAACCAGCUACCAGGGAUCGAUGGAUUGGCAAAUUUAAUUUUGUUGAGAUAUGCACGUUUUGGCAUAUAUUUAGGAGUUUUGAUAGGAUGUGGAUCUUUUUUAUCUUGUGUUUACAGGCGAUGAUAAUCAUUGCUUGGAACGGAUCAGGGAAACUGAGUUCUAUGUUCAAUGGUGACGUGUUCAAGAAAGUAUUGAGCAUCUUUAUAACCGCUGCUGUAUUAAAACUUGCACAAGCUGUCCUGGACAUAAGUAUGAGCUGGAAAGCCAGGCACAGCAUGUCAUUGCAUGUCAAGCUAAGAUACAUUUUGAAGGCUGUUUCUGCUGCAGCUUGGGCAAUAGUUUUACCAGUAGCUUAUGCGUAUAGUUGGAAAAAUCCCUCUGGUGUUGCACAGACCAUUAGGAGUUGGUUUGGCAACAGUCCAAGUUCACCUUCUUUCUUCAUUGUGGCAAUUCUGAUGUACUUAUCCCCGAAUAUGCUUUCUGCAUUGUUGUUUCUGUUUCCAUUCAUUCGCCGGUACCUGGAAAGAUCGGACUAUAAGGUUGUGAUGUUCAUUAUGUGGUGGUCUCAGCCGAGGCUCUAUGUUGGCAGGGGAAUGCAUGAGAGCACAUUUUCUCUUUUCAAGUACACAAUUUUUUGGGUUCUCCUCAUUGUGGCGAAGUUAGCGUUCAGUUACUAUGUAGAGAUAAGACCUCUCGUGGGUCCUACCAAGGAUAUUAUGCGAGUUCGCAUAAGUACUUAUCAAUGGCACGAGUUCUUCCCCCAUGCCAAUAACAAUAUUGGUGUGGUGAUUGCACUCUGGGCACCUAUUGUUCUUGUCUAUUUCAUGGAUACACAGAUUUGGUAUGCUAUUUUCUCCACCAUAUUUGGAGGUUUAUAUGGUGCAUUUCGCCGUCUUGGGGAGAUUCGGACACUACGGAUGUUGAGGUCCCGAUUUCAAUCACUGCCAGGUGCUUUCAAUGCCCGGUUGAUUCCACCGGAAAAGAAUGAGGAACCUAAGAAGGGACUGAAAGCUACACUAACCCGCAAAUUUGAUGAGAUCCCAUCAAACAAAGGAAAAGAGGCGGCAAGAUUUGCUCAGUUGUGGAACAAAAUAAUAACUAGCUUCAGAGAUGAGGAUCUUAUAAGCGACAGAGAAAAGAACCUAUUGCUUCUUCCAUAUUGGGCUGAUCGUGACCUGGAUCUCAUUCAGUGGCCUCCGUUUUUACUUGCUAGCAAGCUUCCUAUAGCAUUGGAUAUGGCCAAAGAUAGCAAUGGGAGAGAUCGUGAGCUCAAAAAGAGAUUGCAAGCAGACAAUUACAUGGUCUGUGCCGUCCAGGAGUGCUAUGCUUCAUGUAAAAAUAUUAUCAAAGUUUUGGUUUUAGGGGAACGUGAACAAGUCGUCAUAGAUGAGAUUUUCUCAAGGGUCGAUCAUCAUAUACAACAAGAAGAUCUGAUAAAAGAACUGAAUAUGAGUGCUCUGCCUAGCCUCUAUGAUAACUUUGUUCAGCUUAUUGAAUAUCUGAGAGAGAAUAAAAGAGAAGAUAAGGAUAAAGUUGUCAUUGUACUUCUCAACAUGCUGGAGAUUGUGACCAGAGACAUAAUAGAGGACCCAAUUCCUAGUUUGCUAGAUUCAAGCCAUGGUGGAUCUUAUGGAAUGCAUGAGGGAAUGAUACCGCUAGAUCAACAACAUCAGAUCUUUGGAACACUUAAAUUUCCUAUUACUGAAGAGACAGAGGCUUGGAAAGAGAAAAUCAGAAGGCUUCAUCUAUUGCUUACGGUGAAGGAGUCUGCUAUGGAUGUGCCAUCCAAUUUAGAAGCUCGAAGACGUAUUUCUUUCUUCUCAAAUUCAUUGUUUAUGGAGAUGCCCAAUGCACCAAAAGUUCGCAAUAUGCUUUCCUUUUCUGUCCUUACUCCGUACUACACAGAGGAUGUCCUUUUUGCCAUGAAUAACCUGGAAGAACCAAAUGAAGAUGGUGUAUCUAUCCUAUUCUACUUGCAAAAGAUCUUUCCAGAUGAAUGGAACAACUUUCUUGAAAGGGUUGAACGGGUUGGAUACAGCGAAGAGGAUCUGAAGGGAAACCUAGAACUUGAAGAACAACUUCGGCUGUGGGCAUCAUAUAGAGGCCAAACAUUGACCAAAACUGUACGAGGUAUGAUGUACUAUCGGCAGGCUUUAGAACUUCAAGCUUUCCUUGAUAUGGCAAAAGAUGAAGAGUUGAUGAAAGGCUAUAAGGCUGCUGAAUCCAAUACUGAGGAACAACUAAGGAAUGAAAGGUCAUUGUUGGCCCAAUGUCAGGCAGUAGCUGAUAUGAAGUUCACGUAUGUAGUGUCAUGCCAGCAGUAUGGCAUUCAAAAACGAUCUGGAAAUGCUAAAGCCCAAGACAUUCUGAGGCUUAUGACAACGUAUCCAUCUCUUCGAGUAGCUUAUGUUGAUGAGGUUGAAGAAACCAGCAAAGAUAAAUCCAAAAAGGCAGUUGAGAAGGUUUAUUAUUCAGCUCUUGUGAAGGCUUCACCAAAGUCUGUUGACUCAUCUGAGGAGGGUCAAAGCCUAGACCAGGUUAUCUACCGGAUAAAACUUCCAGGACCUGCUAUAUUGGGUGAAGGGAAGCCUGAAAAUCAAAACCAUGCCAUAAUUUUCACACGUGGGGAAGGCUUGCAAACGAUAGAUAUGAACCAGGAUAACUACAUGGAAGAAGCCUUUAAAAUGAGGAACUUGCUGCAAGAAUUUCUUAAAGAGCAUGGGGUGAGAAAUCCAACGAUACUGGGACUUAGGGAGCAUAUAUUCACUGGCAGUGUUUCUUCUCUCGCAUGGUUCAUGUCAAAUCAAGAGACAAGCUUUGUAACAAUUGGACAGAGACUGUUGGCUAAUCCCUUGAAGGUUCGAUUCCACUAUGGCCAUCCAGAUGUGUUUGAUAGGCUCUUCCACCUGACAAGGGGCGGUGUCAGCAAAGCUUCCAAAAUUAUCAACCUAAGCGAAGACAUAUUUGCAGGUAUCAAUUCUACGUUACGAGGAGGCAAUGUUACCCAUCAUGAAUACAUUCAAGUUGGUAAAGGGAGGGAUGUGGGCCUUAACCAGAUCUCACUUUUUGAGGCAAAGAUAGCCAAUGGCAAUGGCGAACAGACAAUGAGUCGUGACAUAUAUAGACUCGGCCACCGAUUUGAUUUCUUCAGAAUGUUGUCAUGUUAUUUCACAACUGUGGGGUUCUAUUUCAGCACCUUGAUAACUGUGCUUAUAGUCUUUGUAUUUCUAUAUGGUCGCCUUUAUCUCGUUUUGAGUGGACUUGAAGAAGAACUGAUUACCCACCGGGCUAUUCGGGACAACAAACCUCUUCAAGUAGCUCUUGCUUCUCAGUCUGUUGUGCAAAUUGGGCUUUUGAUGGCGUUGCCUAUGAUGAUGGAAAUAGGCCUUGAGAGGGGCUUCCGAAAUGCCUUGAGUGAUUUUGUACUGAUGCAACUACAGUUAGCUCCUGUAUUUUACACAUUUUCCCUCGGAACAAAAACCCAUUAUUUUGGAAGGACUUUGCUUCACGGCGGCGCACAAUACAGAGCUACAGGUCGUGGAUUUGUUGUGUUCCAUGCCAAAUUCGCCACCAAUUAUCGGCUAUACUCGCGAAGUCAUUUUGUGAAGGGACUUGAACUGAUGAUUCUACUUCUUGUGUACGAGAUAUUUGGCCAGUCUUAUAGAGGUUCAGUUCCAUACAUACUGAUUACAGUAUCUAUGUGGUUCAUGGUGGGGACAUGGCUGUUUGCUCCCUUCCUCUUUAAUCCCUCUGGGUUUGAGUGGCAAAAAAUUGUCGAUGAUUGGACAGAUUGGAAUAAGUGGAUAAACAACCGUGGAGGAAUUGGGGUACCUCCUGAAAAAAGCUGGGAAUCAUGGUGGGAGAAGGAACAAGAGCAUCUUCAGUAUUCUGGGUUGCGGGGUAUCAUUGCUGAGAUUUUGUUGUCCUUGCGCUUCUUCAUCUAUCAGUUUGGACUUGUAUAUCACAUGAACCUUACCAGGAAAACCAAAAGUGUUCUGGUGUAUGGCAUAUCAUGGCUUGUGAUCUUUGUAAUAUUGUUUAUGAUGAAGGCUGUGUCCGUUGGAAGGCGGAGGUUUAGUGCAACUUACCAGCUUGUGUUUCGAUUGAUCAAGGCCUUAAUCUUCCUCACGUUCAUUACUGUCCUAAUUCUUUUAAUAGCACUUCCCCACAUGACACUUAAGGAUAUCAUAGUAUGCAUUCUUGCUUUCAUGCCAACUGGAUGGGGGUUGCUUCUGAUUGCGCAAGCUUUGAGGCCUCUGGUUCAUCUGUCUGGAGUCUGGGGAUCAGUUCAAACGCUUGCUCGUGGCUAUGAAAUAAUCAUGGGCUUGCUUCUAUUCACCCCAGUUGCAUUUCUGGCUUGGUUCCCCUUUGUGUCAGAAUUCCAAACUCGGAUGCUCUUUAACCAAGCGUUUAGUAGAGGUCUCCAGAUCUCGCGUAUUCUUGGUGGACAGAAGAAGGACAGGUCCUCAAACAACAAAGAGUAAGCUAGAAUUAUGUGUGUUCCAAUUGCAUAAACUCCGACACCAAUUCCUCUGUCGAUGGCGCUACUCUCAUUUCGCGUACUUCUGUCGGUAUUGUUCUGCCAUUGAUUGCGUAUACAAAAUUCGUUGUAGAUAUAGUUGGAAAUGGAAAUGUGUACAUGUAUAGAUAUUAUUUUUCGAGUCAUUUUACACGUGAAAAGUGUAGUUUUAGGCAGAAAGGGGGGAGUGUAGUGGAAAAAAAGACCUGUUGUCUUUGUUUAUUUUUGUAUGAUUCAGUGUAGACUUGUCUUAAGUUAUACUGUAAUAUCAUUACCAAUUACAGUGAGACGUAUGAAGGUCUGUAUUAAGGUUUCCUAAAAUCAAUAUGAUGGGUCACGUGCUGGUUUGUUCAA